UACAAGCAAGUGUUCGAUCCCAAACCUCCUGUUUAGUCUCUACACUUCCCCGCACAGAAUCAUAUAUAACCGCCGCAUCGUACGUGCUUUUGGCUCCCGCCGCAGACGUCGCCCGGAUCACGCCGUCUUCCUGGCCUCUUCUGCCGGAUCGCGCCGUCUCCCGCUGUCGCCGUCUUCCACCAUACUGAAGCGGCCGCCGCCAACAGGACGCCUCCACCCCGCCCCGCCCCGUCCCAUCUUCCAGCACCCGGAUCAGUGCAUGCAGACGUACGAGCAGCAGCUGAUCAGGGCAUGCAGACGUAGUGAGCUCGAUCGGGACCUGAUAAAGUGACAAGUGCAUGCAGGCGUACUGAACCUGGAGAAGCAAGCCUCUGCUUGCAAGGUACUAACAAUUGUAAUCUAGCUGCAUUUCAUCACAAAUUCAAUGGCAGAUCGCAGGCUGGGGCUGCCCAAUCUGGCCCUGCAGCUGGUGGGGAUCUUACCGGAGGUCCAGAGGCCUAGCAGCACGGUCCCUCACCGCCAGAAGCUGGCUUACACGGCCGUCUCCCUCCUCAUCUACCUUGUCGGCAGCCAACUGCAUGUGUAUGGAUAUGGAGUCCGUUCUCCAUCGGCUGCUGAAUCUCAGUACUGGGUUGACAUGCCCGACCUCAACUCCGUUAUGUGUGACGGGAUCAUGCCCCUCGUUCUGUCCGAGAUGUUGCUUCAUUUGUUGCUGCGGUUGAAGGUUCUUAGGGUGAACAAUCAUGAGGACCGGACGCUCCUGAAUCGGGUGCAGAAGUUCCUUGGGGUAGUUUGUGCCGCUUAUUUUUCAAUAUGCAGGGUGCUAAUUUCAACUAUCUUGGGCAAACUGACCAUAGCGCAGUCAAUUCUGAUCGUGCUUCAGCAUUUCUUUGGAUGUGUCAUCAUCAUUUAUGUUGAUGAUCUCCUUAAAAAGGGAUAUGGGUUUCUUUCGAGUAUCCCCUUGUUCAGUGCCACCGACAUCUGUGCAAGUAUUUUCUGGAAAGCUUUUAGCCCCGGAGAAGGAGCUGUGACUUCCUCCAUUAUUAAUGGAAACUACAAAUUGUCUUCGAUGCAUAAAGUGUUGGGCAGUCUAGACCUUCCGGAGAUGGCUAGUAUGCUCACCACGUGCGCCUUCUUUCUAUUCGUCCUCAGCCUGCAAGGCUUCCAUGUCAUGUUGCCAGUGAGAUCCAGUGAGGAGGCUAGUAUGCAAAUGAACUAUGCCAUCAAGCUUUCCUACUUCUCCUUUGCACCCCUACUCUUCCAUGAUGCAUUGGCCAUAUUCCUAUACUUCAUCUCAGAGUUGUUACGCGUGAAAUUUGGUGAAAACAACAAGGUGGUCAAUUUGCUGGGCAAGUGGAAGAAAUCACAAUGUUUUGGGCAAGCAGUUCCAGUCAUUGGCUUAGCCUACGACAUGACCACACCACCAACCAGCUUGGCUGACGUAGGAAGACACCCAUUCCACACACUGGUUUGUGCGCUGUGGCAGCUUCUGGGGUGUGGCCUCGUGUCAUUGUCCUUUUUCAGUGUUUGUUCACAUUCAGAGUUGUACGUUGGCAGGUUGCUUGGGGGGCGACGGAAUGCAACAACUGCCCAGCCGGACUCUGUUCCUCUGCUGCUAUGGAGGUGCUAUGUCGGUAAGGCAGCGUUUCUUGUGGGACUCUGCAUUGGUGCACUUAGGCUUCUGGCAGGCCUUGCCGGCGUGGUCGGCUCCGGCACCGGGAUCAUGCUCGCCGUCACUGUCUUGUACUCCUGCUUCGAAGAGACCAGCCUUGGAGGAAGGCCGGCUGGUGCCUUCGGUUUCUGAAAGUUUCAGUCUGGAGUUGGUUGGAGUUAAUGUUGUUAGUGUUAUAAGUUAUACUAAAACGUUAUUGGCGCUCCUUCUCAUCAUCAUCACAGAUAGACAAGGAUAUAAGGUGUACAUUCAUAAAUUCAAAAUAAUAUAGAUCAAUAGUUAUACCA